CCAUUAACACGAUGGGAAAGGUUGAACCACACUGACCUAAGAUUGUGGAGGGUAAUUUUGCUUUGACUUGUUUUAUCUGACAUAUUUUUGGUGGGUAACCAUCCAUAAGUGGGCAAGACAAGUAUGAGUAUUCUAACUAAAAUAUGAUGUAAUAAAAGUAAUUUGAUGUACACCGAUGAAGUUAGACGGUAUGAAACGGUUGAAUCCUGAUUAAACCACGAUUUCAACAUAAAAUAUCCUAUCGUUGAAUUUUUUGAAACGGUAUAAUAUUUCAAUCCUUAAAAAAAGACUUGCUAAAAAAGUUAUAAUUUAAUAUAUAUAUAUUUGAAUGAUGGAUCAGUGGGCUAAUUAAAUCCCCAUAUUGGAAUGGCCGUGUCGUCUCAGUGGGCCAACUUUGGCCAUUUUAAUUGGGCUUAACCGACUUAAAGCUCCCAUAUAAACGCGUUUCUUGGAAGCGUCAUUCGGUGAGAAAAGGAUGCACGUGUCCAGCUGGCAGGUCAGGUCAGCAAAAAGUGUAACUCGUCCACCACGUGGCAAAUAAACGCGUACACGCUUAGCGGCCACGCCAUAACCGACUUCGACCUCCUUUUGCAUCUAUAAUAGCUAACAGGACAUCGCAUUUCCGCUAUUGUUGCCGCUGCCGCCGAUAAACUUCCAUGGGGAUCCCCAAGAACGAGGAUCACCGUAAAUUAGGUAAACAAUCUCGGCUUGGUUCUUCCUUUUAGGGUUUCCAUGAAGCUUGAGAUUGGAGAAGCAUUUCAUCGUCUCUAUUUGUUGUUUAUUCCCGUCGACUUCAAGAAUCUUCGCCUCGUUCAAGUAAAAGGGGGAAAAAUCUCUUCCCUUCUUGUUUUCUGUUCGUCCCGGUUGCCCUAAAUCGUCGCUGUGUAUCCCUCACAGACUAUUGUGACUCGCUAAGUUGUUGCUGGUGUUCCUCGAUGAUUCUGAGAUGAUAAACAACAUAAUUUCUCGGUGAAGUUGUUACUCCGAUGACGAACGACAGAUGAUAAUUUAUGAUGUCGUGGCUUCUCCGGUUGAGGUAUGUUCUUGUAUUUACCACUUUCCAUUGGUUGCUCAUAAGAGGGAGUGAAUUGAAGUGAUUUUCGAGAGCACUCUGACCGUUGAAAAAAUUGCCAGGAUAAGCUAAUUAGUGGAUGAAUAGCAUGAUUAAUGGUUUUCCCUGUUGCUUCAUUUACAGUAAAGCUCUGUUGCUAUAUUGUCUGGAUACCUAAAGCUUUCUAGCUGAUUAUAAAAGCAUGUUGGGAUUCUUUCAAAUUGUUGCUUCUGUUGAGAACUAAAGUGAGACAAAAUUGACUAUUUUAAUUGAGCCCUUUUGCAAUCAGUUGAAAGAAGAAACGUUUUUCCAUAUCUUGCUCCUGCUUCUGGUCUCUAGACUGAAGUACGAUUUAUAACGUGUUGGUCCGACUGUUCUGUAUAGCACAUGCAUACAAAGAGAAAGGAGGUAAUCUAAGACAUUGUUGCUGCUUUUGUAAUUCUGUAAAAACUGUUGCGAUGAGGUCAUAGGAGUUAGUCAAGCUCUUUUGAUAGUCCCAGUUCCCUUCUACCCCUAUAUCAGUUUGUCCCUCUAAGGUGUAUGCCAAUGGGGUCCUAGAAGAGAGCUUUUUCCGAGUUGCUCUUCUGCCCCACAUUCUAUGGGGUACUAUUCGAUGGGAUUUAAUCCUUCUGCUCUUUUUGUUAUCUUGUUGGUUGUUCCGGGAUAUAUUCUAAUGGGGUCCUAGAAGGAAACUAUGACUAGUUAAGUUGCCCUUCUGCUCUAUUAGUUAUUUUGGUGGAAAUUCCGUGGUAUAUGCUAAUGGGGUCCUAGAAGGGAACUAUGACUAUUCUAGUUGCCCUUCUGCUCUAUUAGCUACUUUUGGUGGAUAUUCCGUGGUAUAUGCUAAUAGGGUCCUAGAAGGGAACUAUGACUAGUCUAGUUGCUCUUCUGCUCUAUUUGUUACUUUUUGGUAGUUACUUUGUGGGAUAUGCAACAGGGGUCCUAGAAUAUGCCUAAGAGGAUUACCCUUCUGCUAUGUUUUCGGUCCCUAAAAGGAAAUCGACCCUAGUCCAGUAAUUUUACCCAAAUGGGAUAACCAUCUGGUUGUAUGUCCCGAGAAUAUAUGGAUGGAAACUUGGUCUUGAUACCUAUUUGUCCCAAUUGUCAGUUGGUGCCUCGUGGUUUGGUUAAGGAUAUGAUGUUAAGUGGCAGGGUCCUAGAAGGGGAUACUUUUGGAUUGCCCUUCUGCCCACCUGAACAUAUCAAUUUACAUUUACAAUGGAAUCCAAGAAGAGAACAUGAUUAGACUUGCUUUUGAUUUGUGCUGCAGUGGAGUGAAAAAAUGUAGGAUGAAACCUCUGUGAAUCAAUUGGGAUUUAGUAUUUUACUUGCUUCGAAAGAGAUUAAAUCCAAUGGGUGGUUGAGGGUCGUGUUGCUGUUAAUUGUUUGCGAGCUUUAGAAUUGUUGGUUAUUGAGCUUGGUUCACUGAAUUAUAUUCCUUGGAGAUCAUUAAAAUCUCUCAAGUGUUGUGGGUAAAAUGUUUCCUUCUUUGGUGGAUGGUAGUUAGCAUGGUUUUCAUUGGUUCUGUCCUGUAUAACCAAUUUCGGUGUCCCUAUAUCCAGUAUCACUGUGUUUAGCUUGGUAAUUAGCUGUAUAUUAAAGAAUCCGAGUGCUGAAUCAAUUCAUUGACGGAAUAACAGUGGAUUGGACUGUUGGGAGUAGUAUGGACUUCAUAGAUGCAAAUGGAUAUCGUGUGGAUUCCGUUGGCAGUUCAAGCAAGGCUGCCGAUGAGAAUUUCCAUCUGUCUAGCUCUCUUUUCAUCUCGUAGGCUUUCUUGAUCUACUGCAAUAUUUUUUCUCUAUUGGUUUCGUCUGGGGAUGGGUUGUUGAUUUUGAGGCUUCUCAUGAUAAGUAGCCUAUUCUACUUGCAAGUAACAAAGGUGCUGGGUUGGAAGAGGUUGCACUAGAGUGGAGUGUUCUUAAGCAUUGUUGUGUCUCCAGUGCAAGUAAAACUCUCACGAAACAAGAAACAAAGUUUUUUCUGGAAAACAAUCCUGAUAAGACCAAUGUGCUUGUUCGAUGUGCGGACUUCUUACAUUGGCAAAUCUUGGGAGGGAAGGACUCAUAAUUCUGCUCCAUUUACGGCCAAACCCAGCAGCUACUUAUAAUAUGCUUAUUCUAUUGAUGCGAUCUAAGAAAAGAAGGAAGCUGAAGCAGAAGUUUUGUUUUGUGAUUUCUGGCAUUUAUGUGAACCUUAGAUUCAUCUACUUUUAUUUGAUUCAACGAUUGAAAUACCAGAACACAAACAGUUGAAAUACCAUAACAAUAUUGGGGUAGAGUUGAUUGGUUUUAUUCAACAGGUGAACCUUGGGAUAAAUCUGAACAGUACUUGAUCCUUGUGUUUCUUCUUUUGUGCAUGUUAUCUGGAAGUUGGAGAGACUCAAUUAAUGUGUGUGGAGGCUAAUCUAUUGGGAAAAUGCAGUGUUUGAUGCUUUUCGGCUUGGUUUGAACUUUGAAGUAAGUUGGGUUGUUGUUGCCCGAGUUGUUGCUUUUCAGGCCCAAGGUGAUUGCAAUUGGAAGGUUAGUACAUAUGGUGCCAGUUUAGUUCCUGCACUACAUAGUGCUCGUUUUGUUCCUGUACUACAUAGAACCUCACUUUCCUCGCCUCCGGUGACGAUUUAAAGAAAAAAGGCUAGUAUCUGUUACCCAUCGGUUCCUGCUCUACAGUGAACCUCACUAUCCUUGCUUCUGAUGAAAAUGUCGGUUUUGGAAAUUUCUCUAACCGAAGAUUUAUUAUUAUUAUUAUAAUGGCGAUAUAUUGAAAAACUGAAAGAAAAAAAAAACAAGGCUUUACAAGCAACGGUGAUCACAAGGAUUGAUCUCAUGAGGCUAAAGGAACAGAGAAAUUUUAUGGAUCUCUCCUUUCCAAGUUCUGAACGGGAAAGUUCGCUACAAUUCUAUGAAUUAGCAAUUAGAUGGCCUACAUUUCAAAUAAUGAUUUGGAGUGUGAUAAAUCAUAUGGAAUGCUUUUGGAGUGUUCAGGAGAAUAUUUAGGUAUGUAUGCGGGUGGGUUUCACAUUCUUGUCUAUUCAAUAUGGCCCCGAACAUUGAGACUUCUUGCCUCCUUUUUUUCACAUCAUUCGAUGAUUACUUAUGGUUGAAGUAUGAACAGGACGAAACUUCUUCAAUUUUGUAAGACAGCAGUGUGGCAGUGGUGGUGUGUGGGCAAUUCAGUAAUUGCAGUUCUGCCACCCCGUCAUUACCGCUUCCAUUCUUUGGUUCCGGUUUUAUUGUUCUCUAUUGACCCUUCUAUUAUAGUCGUAGGAGGCAGCCGUGAUUCUUGAUCUGUGGCUUUUAUGGAGUAUUAUAGCUGAAUUGAAUACAACUUAAUUUAAUACGAUGCUUCAGGUGGUACCCUUUUUGGAUGUGUUAUGUUUAUUUCCACUCCCAUUGAGAAGUGUUGUGGAAUCUCGUCAUGUUAUCAUCUUAGUCCUUAGACGACAGAUGAGCAGGAGUGGUUUUGAAAGCAAGAUGGCCACGUGGGGUUCAAGACCAAGCUGGGUGGAGUUGCAUCUUCAUGCUGUGAUUGCCUCUAUAUGAUGAUGUCGUGAAUCUUUUCCUGUGUAUUACUUAUGCUCUUAUGAAGUCUCUGAAAUCGUUUUUACUUGAGGAUCAAGCAAGUUGAGAAAGAUCAAAGAUGGUGGUAUGAUGGCUGUAGUUCUUGCAAGUCUCAGCCAUUUUGUGUGAGCUUCUGUAGCUCGAGCUUAAGCCCUACCUUCUGUUUGUGAGUCCUUGUAUUCAUAUGAGCUCAAUUUGGUUGCCUUCUUACUUCCAUCAGACGAUCUUGGUUCUUCUGAAGGAGCUAUGUUUGUUGGAUUCUCUUCUCAAGUGGAUUUCCUAUUAUGCCAGGCCGUCCUAAAUUUCGUCCUAUUAUGUCAUGAUUAUAGGCUUAUUCUAUUUGUUAAUUUUAGCCCAAGCCCCGUCAACUAGAAUUUCUUAUUGAGCCUUCUUUUAAAUUGUUUGACCAGGUCAACGGUGAGCUGACGUAUCUUUUGACUCAUGUCCAGCUAGCUAAUGGAAAAGGGCAAACAUCGUAAGUGUCUUUAUGUUCAUGAAGUUCAUAAGCACAUGAGUUCCUUGGUUGCAAGUAUUCAUGGUCUGUCGAGGGAACGGUGAUUAAUCAAUUUUCGAUGGGGUUAGAGUUGGUUUCGUUUUCUUUUCAUUUGUCCUUUAUGGGAGGGUUUGUCUGAGGUAGGAGGGACCUGAAGCUAAUACCUGACGUUGAACAUCCUAAUGUUGUUCAGAGGCUGGGUGAACUCGAUAAUGGGUUCCGUUCGAUUCUGGAAAAAGUGAGAUGUGUGGUUUUAGCCUUGAUUAAGUCUAAAGCAAGAAGCCUAUAAAUUCCUCUCAUAUCUCAUUUACAUUUUGGUAUUUGUUUUUGUGGCAUAGAGACUUAGUGCUCAUCUUCUAUGAUGGUUUCUUCAAGAUAAACGACUGACCUGAAGAAAUCAGAGUGGUUUAUUGCAUCGGGUGGGUGCUAGAAUGGUGUUCAUUGUUCAAUUCUGGACCUUUGGUUGAAUGAGGAUUCAAUGGCAAGUUUCGUUAUGUAAGUCCGGAUUCAUGAUUAUUCGGAAUCCCUUGCUGUCAGUUCAUCGGAGUUGUUCUAGGAAGUCCGCUCGGUUGUGGCUGCCCUAAAGUCAUAUGUCAUUUGCUUUGGAAGGUAAAAAUGGGAGGCUGUGGAUGUAAUAUUGCUCUUCUUGUUUGCCUUUGCUCCACUUUUCAGUUUCUCUUGGGUACUAGACUUGUCUUGCUUAACUAUAAUGACACAAAAAUGAAUCAGAUGAAUAAGUGGUGCAAUCUUGAUUAUGCUCCUCGACUUCGAGGAAUUAACAUAUGCAUUGGGUGUGAUGCUGCUCUUGUUUGGCCAUAGUUGUGCAUCUGUCAAGGUGUAUGUGGACUCUUUCCAUUUCGUGGUUGAAUUAUAAGAGGUGGAAUAGGUAUGUCCUGUAGCGAUUUUUUUCAAAUGUGAUUUACCAUGUUAACUGCUUUUGUAGUGUCCACAGUACUGAGAAUUAGGUGCUAUUAUUCUUUGUAAAUUUGAUAAUGAAGUUCAGCCACUUUGCACAAAUCUUGUUUACGAACACCGCGUGUGACAACGUCUUCUUGAUAUGGUUUUCCAAAUGUGAAUGCUUAAUCUGUUACAAAAAAAAAAAAAAAAAAAAAAAAAAAAACUCUGCUUCAGAAGGGAAAUCUGGAAUGUGGAGUGGAACUUGAUCCUGGUGCUUCUACAUGAUAUAGUUCGUAUAGUUUUUUGGCCUCACAUUGUGUUUACCGUGCGGAUGAUGCUUCUGAACCUUUUAUUUUCAGGAUUUUCCUUAACUCAGACUGUCUGGAGGUAGGAAGAUGCCUCAUUGAUCGUGAUAGAUGUCGGAUUAAACUAGCUAAGCAUGUUGAUUGUAAUGAUCUCACGGGUUCUAACUAGAGAUUCUAAGUCCCUUCUGAUUAUUAUUUCAGAUGCCUUGAUCUUGACAGACGUAACAAAUGCAAAUCUUGUUGGCCUUUGCCCCACCAAUUUAUUUUCUGUCCUAGAUGAGGGUCAUCCUAGUCCAUAGUUGUUGAUCUGUUAAGUUCUUCAGAACUCUUGAAGUCAGCAUUUGAAUAUGGAACCUAAGGGCCACCAUGCUUAAUCCUUGUGUUUCUUUUUCAGAUUAGUAUAGAGUUGUCAGUGAAAUAAUUUUGGUACAAUUGG